GUGCAUUGUGGGGAGGAAAGUCGUUGCCAUUCGACCUCUGCGGGGCCUGCGCGGACGCAGCGAGAACCCUGAAAUUCAUUAUGCGUUUAAAACCUUUAUUUAUUUCCGCAUAACCUACAUACUCUCACCGGGAGGGCCAAAGCGGAGGGAAAAAGGCGACGACGGUCCACCUCUUUCGGAAUUUCAACAUACACGAUUUACAAACACAUAAUUUUGACGGUGGGGAUACUGUUGGGGAAAGUGAAGAUUCUGAUAUAUUAAGAAAAAUGUCCGGAGAGAGAAACCGCAGGUCGUUGGCUUUCCGAGGAGGUGGAUUAGCUGGGUUAACGGGUUCCAGCGGUAUCGGUGGGGGGAACAGUAACAGCUGGGAGGCCCCGGCCUGUCAAGACCGACAUCUGAACGGGAACAGGCCGGAUCAAGAAGAAGACAGGGAUCUGGGGGCAAAAGGACCAUCACAGAGGAGAGUGGAGGGUGCUGGGUCUGUCAGCGAUAGCACAGAGCCCGAGGCGGAGGAGGAAGAGGACCCGGAAGGGGGCAGCUGGGCAGCCGGGGACAGCGAAGAUCGCGUCGGCUUGGAGGACUGUUCCAGAGAGGGGAAUAGCUGGACAGCGGCGGACGGUCCCAGCAGCGCCGACGGCCCGGACUCGGGGAGCGGAGGGACGGGAUCCGAGGACGACAGAGGCGAAGCGGGCUCCAGGAAAUCUGGGGUAGAGAUGAGACCGCAGACGCUGCUUCAGAAACACUCACUAUUCCAUGCGUCUUGGUUGCAGGAGUUUCCAUGGCUCAAAUUUUGCCAAGAGACCGGACUCAUGUCAUGUUCUUGGUGUCACAACAUUGCCACUAAAAACAGCGACGAGCUUGUCAAAGGCAGUCGCAACUACAAGCGGGCCUUGCUGCUGAGACAUCACCUGUCUUCUGAACACGGGAGAAAUGACCCCACCAAGCAGGAAACAGAGAGACCCUCAGACAACGCCAGCCCCUCCACUGUCCCCUCUGAGGAAGACUACCGCAACAAGCCCAAUGAGAACUCCUACUGUUACCAGCUUCUCCAGGAGCUGGACAAACAACGUAAAGGUGGCAUACUCUGUGACGUCAACAUUGUUGUCUCCGGCCAGGUGUUCCGUGCACACAAGAACAUUCUGGUGGCGGGCAGCCGCUACUUCAAGACCUUGUACUGUCUGACCCAGAGCGAGGCCCAGGACCAGACCACGGUAACACAUCUGGACGUGGCCGCUGUCCAAGGCUUCUCAGUCAUUCUUGACUUCCUCUACUCCGGGAACCUGCUGCUGACCAGCCAAAAUGCCAUCGAAGUGAUGUCGGUCGCCAGUUACCUCCAGAUGACGGAGGUGGUACAGUCGUGCAGGGCGUUUAUCAAAGACGCCCUGAACAUCAGCAUCAAGCAGGAGGCUCCCGAUUCGGUGGUGGUGGACUACAACAAGAGGCGGACAGUGGCCAAAGAUGGACAAAGGGGUCCGGACCGGAAGCCGAGCAACUUCUGGGCCACCAGCAUCCUGUCAAAACUGUCAAUCAAGGCCAGCAGUAACCAAGGCAAGGACGCGGUGGAGGAGGAAGAGGAUGGGGCCAGGGUGAAGGAGGAAGCCAGCGAUGUGGAAGUGUCAGUGGGUGGGGGUGAGGGCUGUGCCCUGGGGACCUCCAGAGCCUCUGGCAGCUGGACCCACCACAAUGAUAACUCGUCCGACUCUGCAGAGGCCAAUGAAACACGGGCGGCGAGUGGGCCAGGGCAGGUAUUCGUCUGGAACGAGCCAGCCACUGGUGGCGCCGCAGCAGCACCGGCAGCGAUGAAACGAGAUGCACCGGACACAGCAGCCGGGAGUGGGCGAAGAAAAAAACAGACCACCACGAGGCGUUUUGUCUACAACAUCCCACCAGAGCCAGAGGAAGGCUUCGACGAGGGCAUGUUCAUCCAGCCCUCAGCCUCCUACCCCAGAGAGGACUUUUCCUACCUCUCUGAAAACGCUGAGCUGGCCAAUCAGAUCCAGUAUAGCCUCAUCCAAGACUCGCAGCAAGGAGAGUCCUGGGAGAAUGGUGAGUCCUCAGACCUUGCCCUCAAUAAGCUCAAGUGUCCCCACUGUAACUACAUAGCCAAGCACCGGCGCACGCUCAAGAGGCACCUGAUCAUCCACUCGGGCGUGCGUUCCUUCAGCUGCGACAUCUGCGGCAAGCUGUUCACCCGCCGCGAGCACGUCAAGAGACAUUCCCUGGUGCACAAGAAGGACAAAAAGUACAAGUGCAUGGUGUGCAAGAAGAUCUUCAUGCUAGCAGCCAGCGUCGGCAUCCGCCAUGGCUCGCGGCGCUAUGGCGUGUGCGUGGACUGCGCUGACUCGCACCAGGCCACGCAGGAGGGCCUGGACGCCAUGGAGGGCAUGGAGUUCCCCCGCGAUGACGACUUCGAAGGGGAGGAAGGGGAGGACCUGGAGGGAGAGGAGCCUGCCGAAAAUGACCAAUCAAACUGGGGUGAGGGCGACACUGGUGCCGCCCUGGAAGAGGACUAAAAUUUUAGCAAGCUUAAGAAACAAAAGAAAACACAAGAAAAUAAAUUAAUGUUUAAUAUAUAUGUAUAAAAAAAAACCUAGCUGGUAAACAAUCAACUCCAAAGUGCUAUCAAACCUUGAGGUUACUUAAACGUGCAAGUAUAUGACAAAGAGAGACAAAUGAAAAAAGCUUUGGUAGAGUGGGGACUCCAAGAUGUACAGAUUUUAUUAUUGUUAAAAUGUGUCCGACUCUGGGCCGAGUGUCCACUAGAGAAAGAUUCUAAAGAGGAGUAAUAUGAAAAAUCAGGUUUUUGGUGAUGUAUUUUUAUUUCCUGUUUUUGUGGGAGGGUUGGGCCUGGCAAUGUACAGAGUUUUUGAAUUAGGGUAGGCCAAUCAUCUAAAAAAAGAAAUGUUAAUUAUUUAAUUUAUGAAGAGAGGUUAUUAUGGUCUUAUUAAAUGCUAUAAUUUUUAUUUCUGUUGUUUUUGUCUGCAAGCAGAGGCACAGUAAUGACUUGCUUUCUGCUCAAUCUGAAAGUAUAUUGCUUGGUGCGUGUAGAAGUACAUGGAAGAAAGAGCAUUAUUUGCCGACAGGAAGAUUUUUAACUUACUCUGUAGAUCACCUUGUUUAGAUGCGCUAAAUAUUAUUAUUCUUUUCUAUUUCUUGCCCUGCACAAAUCUUGGAACCAAAAAAUCUGUUUUGUGACUCUAAUGUAUCACAGCCAUAUUUAUGAUUAAUUUAAGAGGGCUGUGCUAUUGUGCCAAGCAGACCGCACACCAAGAUUUCGCAGGAAACAAAAAACUACUGAAAACGCUUAAAAAGGACAACGUGAGGCUUUUUUAAGUGGGGGAAAAAAGACGAAUAAAAAAAAAAGCGACAGUACAAGGGGAAAUGUUAUCGCUAGCUUUAUACAAAUCACGGCGUCACAGUAACACUUUAUUAUUAAAAAAAAAAAGCAUUUGACUUUCACUUAAAGCUUGAAUUUUGCCAAAUGACAACGUUUGGUGCUGUAAUGCUUGUCGCAAAAUACUGGACCUACAGGCUAUAUAUGAUGUUUAUAAUCAUAAAGCUUAAACUGACUCAGUUAUAUAUAUAUGUAAUCAGCUUAAACUAUAGAACACUGUUGUGCUACGGCGACUAUCAGGUAUGCUUUGCCAUUGUUUUUAAGCUUUUAUUAAUGCACACGCGCGCACACACACACACACACACACACAUACACACAUACACACACACACAUACCAUUUUGUAGAACUACCGGCAGUACUUGUAAUUGACGUUAUAAGGACCUAAGUCAACAUCAAUACCUGUAUACGUUUGUUUAUAUUAGGUACUGAGUUAUAUAGUAAAUAUAUAUAUUUUGAAUCACUUGAACGUUGGUUGCGAGGGGGAAGACGUUUGCCGAAAAUCAUGAUGUGAUGUAUGAAGUCUGAAAGAACUCCAUUUUUCAUGCGUAAAAGGUAUACAAAAUUUCAUCAGUCAUUUUUAAUUUGAUAGAAGUCUUUUGUUAUUUAGGUCUGCCAGGUAGGAAAACACUUUGUUCCACCUAAAGUGAAGCUCUAUGGCGCCUCAUAGACAUGCACUUACUUUUGCGUUCAUGAAAAUCAUUUUCUGUCUUCAUUUUUUUUUUUUUUUUUUUUUUUUACUUUUUGCUUCCCCAAAAGCGGGUCUGAAUGGAACUAUAUAAAAAAACUGUUGUGUUCUUCCUCCAAUGCGCAACUUUUUUAUUAGACAUUUUGCUUUGUUAUUUAAUAUUAUAUAUUGACUCCAAAAUGCAAUCAAGACUGUUAAUUUCUAUUUGUCCAACCAAAAUUGUUGUUUUUAAUUAUUGUUGAAAUAUAUAAUGUAUGAGAAAAGCCAGGUGAAAACUUGCUUAGUGUAGAGAAUCCUUGCUCGUGUCUGUAAUUGUUGAGAUUUUUAAAUGUUUUUAUGCUAUGGAAUCAUUCACUUUACCCUAGAUACAUAUAUUGUUUUAUUAUGUCCUUUCUACAGAUGUUUCCUCUCUCCUUUUUUAUUUCAUUAAGCACAUAUUUUCUAAAGAAACACGGAUUGUUUGCGGGUUAAAACCUUGGAACAGCAGUAUCUGUUCAUAUGCAGUGGAAUAUAUUGAAGUGCUGAUGAUACAGAUGUGUGACUUCCCUUUACACUCAAUGGAAGAAGAUGUAUUUUAAAAGGCAUAGAGAAGAUCUUCAUCCUCUUCAUAUUACUUUUACCUUCAGAUCACUGUGGGAGGGGUUAUAGUAUGGAUAUAUAAAUAUAUAUAUAUAUUGAGAAUAUAUGAGAAAAUCUAUAUAUAUAUAUUAAAAUGUUAUUUAACUAUUGGAUUUACUCAAUGGAACACAUUGACAGUUAGCUGUACAAAACCCCAGGCGUGGCGGGUUUUUUCCGUGACCUUUAACCUUCCGCUUUCUCUCUCUGUUCACGCAGCGUGCUUGUCCAUCACACCAUCCUGUUGUCUUGUUUGUUCUUUUGAUACUAUUUACCAUCCUACUGAUUUUACUGUAACGGAUGAAACUCAAUACUAUGAUGUAUCGUUUUAGAUUUUAUGCUGUAUUUGUUAUAUGGACAAAAAAAAACACAAAAAACAAAGCAAAAACACUACAGAUAUAAAGCAGAGGUUUUUUUCCCAGCUGUAUUUUUUUACGCUGUUGCAAAAGGUUGUAUUUUUCAAUUUCUCUCGAACUUUAACAGCGAUGCAAAACACGGGCCACACCUCGGUCCCCUCCGAACACAAAGCAAAUUCAGGUUACUCUUUUUACGUUUUUAUCAAAGGCUUUCAAAGAUGGAACUACAUUCUCCUUUUUUCUGUCUCAAUUGUACUACUGUUCCUCUAUACUACAUUUUAAGAAUAAAACUUUGAUAUUGCUUUAA